GAAGACAUCUAAUUUUUCAGUGCUACAAAGGGAGACAUUCAGGACAGCAAAGCAAUCAACACGGAAAGCAAGAACAAUUUCUCCAUCAAUAGAAGUGGAGAAAGAGUGAAAACCAGAAGACACAAAUUGAAGGGAUAGACAGUUCUGAAACCAUGGAAGACUGCUUCAGGAACACACAAGGUCUGUAUCUUCUCUUCUUCUUCUGUGUAUCUGGAGUAUUCUGUGUCUCUAUCCAUUAUUCUGUGCCUGAAGAGAAGAAAAGUGGAUCUCUGGUGGCUAAUGUGCUGAAAGAUUUGAAACUGGAAAUAGGGGAGUUGUCCAGUCGCAGAGCCCAGCUAGUGUCCAAAGGCAACCAGCAAUUUUUCCAUCUUGAUACCCACUCUGGGGAUCUUUUGAUAAAUGACAAAAUAGACCGAGAGAUUUUAUGUGGCCAGAUGGAGCCUUGCUUACUACUGUCUGAAAUUGUACUCCAAAGUCCCUUAAAAAUCUAUAGCAUUGAAAUGCAGAUAGAAGAUGUGAAUGACAAUGCUCCCAUAUUCCCUAAAAAUGAAUUUCAGCUUGAAAUCCCUGAGAACGUCCCCAUAAAUACACAAUUCCCCCUGGAGUCUGCCCAAGAUGAGGACCUGGGUGAAAACGGCAUCCAAAACUACACACUCAGUAACAGUGUGUACUUCUCUCUGGGUGUGGAAAGCAGCCUUGAAGGAAGGAAAUAUGUGGAUCUCAUUUUGGUGAAACCACUAGAUAGGGAGAAGGAACCCCAGUUUCAGCUGAUACUUAUGGCUGUUGAUGGAGGGACACCACAGAGAACAGGCACAGUUCAAAUAAGUAUUAACAUUCUGGAUAUCAAUGAUAAUUCCCCUCAGUUCACUCAGUCCGAAUAUAAAGUAAGGAUAAAGGAAAAUAGCCUCCAGGGUACUCUAGUAUCUAAAGUGGAUGCAACAGAUUUGGAUUUUGGUUCAAAUGCACAGAUCACCUAUUCUUUCCAUCGAGUGCCUCAAAAAAUAAAUAAUUUAUUCCACUUAAAUCAAAAUAACGGGGAAAUCUCUGUUUUGGGAGAAAUUGAUUAUGAAAAAGAAACCAGGUAUGAAAUGAACAUUAAAGCAACAGAUGGAGGAGGACUUUCUGGGCACUGCAAGGUUCUGGUGGAGGUUGAGGAUGUGAAUGACAAUCCCCCAGAAGUGUCUGUCAUUUCCAUGAACAGUCCUUUGCCAGAGGAUUCCCCCCUGGAGACGCUUGUUGUCCUCUUUACAGCCACAGAUCAAGACUCAGGAGACAAUGGAAGAACUGUCUGCUCUGUAGCUAUGAACUCACCAUUUCUAUUAAAAACCACUGUAAACAAUUAUUAUCAACUUGUGAUCCAGAGUCCCCUGGACAGAGAAAAAGUCACGGAGUAUAACGUCACUAUCACAGCCACGGACAGGGGUUCUCCUAGGCUUUCUUCAACAAAAAGGAUUAAUAUUCAGAUCUCAGAUGUCAAUGACAACCCUCCAGUAUUUGAAAGGUCCUUGUAUCAAUUGCAUAUACAAGAAAAUAACAUUCCUGGAUUGCUAAUUGGUUCAGUCUAUGCUGUUGAUAUGGACACAGGAAGGAAUGCUAAGGUGAGCUACCAGGUUUUACCUGAUAAAGUUGGGGGUGGCCUUGUGGCUUCUUAUAUCUCAGUCAACUCAGAAACUGGUAAUGUGUAUGUCCUCCGAUCUCUGGACUAUGAGCAGAUCAAAGAUUUCCAAGUCACAAUGAGGGCGACAGAUGGUGGGACUCCUCCACUGAGCUCAGAAGUAAUUGUCCGAGUCUUUGUCAUGGAUGAAAAUGACAAUGCUCCUUUCUUCCUGUACCCCCUUCAGAACAGCACAGCCCCUUGCAAUGAGCUGCUUCCCAAGACAGCAGAGGCUGGUUACUUGGUGACCAAAGUGGUGGCUGUGGAUGGGGAUUCUGGCCAGAACUCCUGGCUCUCCUAUGAACUGUCGAAGGCCACAGACCCCACUCUUUUCGGCAUAGGAGCCCAGAAUGGAGAGGUGAAAACGAGGAGGCCCCUGAGUGAGCGAGACACAAGCAAACAGAGGCUUAUCAUCCUGGUUAAAGACAAUGGGGUCCCCCCUCAGACCAGCACUGCGAUGCUCCACAUCCUUCUAGUGGAUGGCUUUUCUGAUCCUUAUAUGAAGAUGGUUGAUGUCAGGCAACAAGAUCCAGAAGAAGAGGAGGAAACCUUGACCUUGUAUUUGGUGAUCUGCCUGGCUGCAGUCUCUGCUGUGUUUCUGGUUUCCAUAGUUUCCUUUGUAGUUGUCAAAUUGUACAAGAAAGGCACCAGGGAAUGUUUCAUUGCUGCACCUCCCCACUUCCCUCCUGCCAGACCUGAUAUUCCAGAGACCUGUUCAGAUUCUCAGAGUGGGUCCCUUUCCAGGAAUUAUCAAUAUGAUGUUUGUUUAACGGGUGGAUCCUUAAGCAGCGAGUUCCGAUUCCUCCGACCUCUUAUUCCUGUUUUUUCUGUGGGGGAACCAAUCAUUCCUGUGAACCCCAAGACCUCUUCUGAUUCCCAAACCCCUCUUGAUAAUUUGGACAAUGGAUCAACAGAAAAGGCCAGAGCUUCUCUCUCUGAAGACGCAGCUCCCAGAGCCGGAGGUCCAGCCUGCACAGCUAAUCCAACAGUAGGUGCAAAUGUGAACUCUGGUCAAAAUGACUGGCUUUCCUACCAAUAGGUGAGGAUAUCCAACUCAGCCCACUAUUCCAUCUCUAUAGGAAAGGAAGGAAAUUCAGAGCUGAAGCAUCACACAAGAAACUAAGUCCUGAACUAGAA